CAAGGCGCGUUUAUGGCUCAAGCGAUAGCCCGGCACCAUGGGCCAGACUUGCUGCCAGGAAAGCCAUGAUGAGGCCACCGUGGCAACAUUGACGGCCGGCAAGGUUGGCUACGAGCCUGCCUUGGACCUCCAGAACAAGGAGGAUGUAUGCGACAAUGCGGCCGAAGAUGCGAAGGCCCCCCAGAACACGGCGGCGAUCAUUGCGCAAGCCACGGAGGUAGUUGAAGGACACAUGCGGGAUUUCGACUUGGACGCCGCAGAUGCGGCCAUGGGCCAAGCGCUGGAAGAGCUGGAUGCUGCAGCUGACCUUCUCAAGGCCACGGAUACCUACCGAAGAUUGCAGCAGAACCUGGGCCACUACGAACGUGCGAAGGAGCUUCUGUUAGCCGAUGGCUUUGAACUCCUCUGGCAGCAGGACAAAGCUCGGAUGGAAGUGAAAAGGGAUCCGAGCUGCCGUGUCUUCGAGUACCGCUUGGUCAUCGAGCUUGACCAGCCGCUGCACAAGGCUAUGGCCGCCUUUGAGGAGGUGGACUUGGUUCAUCAGGUUCAGAAGCAGCUGACACAGCCGGUGCGGUCCUUCGGGGCAUGCACACCCUGGUGGAAGGCUUUGAUGAGCUGCUUCAACGUCGGCUUUCUCAAAGUGGAGAUGGUUUACGAGUUAUUCAGAUACAGAGGGAGGAAGGACGGCUUCAUCAUUGAAGGUGUCCAUACAGAGUUUGAUCACUCAGCUGCUGGCGUCCCAGCGGCGUCUUGGCGUACGCUUCGCCCGUGGGCAUUGUCCGCGAAUUUGUGGAAGCCUGCGCAGGACGAUUCGGAAGCGACGACCUUCGUCCACGUGUCACGAGCAGAGACGGGUUAUACUUUGCCCCAAUGGGUGUUAGAUAUGGCAGCCUACUUUGUGGCACGCGGCUUUGCCGCCGACGUGCAGAAGUCGGCCUCGGAAGCCAGCAAACCUGGCAGCGCCUGGAUGGAUCGCGCGCGGCAAGACAAGGAUGGCUUCUAUCAUGAGCUUCAACUCCUUGAGCAGGCUCGAAGAAGAAGCGGCCCAUGGGAUGACAGCAUGCUGGACCGAUGUUGGCAUCUGCCUGCCGAGCGGCAGAACCACACCCCGCCAUCUCUCAGAGGCAAUUGAGCAAGUGCAAUCUACAGUACGAUGCAAUCCGGAAUCCGAACUCAUAGCCUUGGGGAGUUCAAACACGUAGAUCUGGCUAUGAACGCCCGAAAAGUGUUUGGACAAGAAUCCUCAUAUAUCCUCAUGAUGUCUACAGAGCCAUGCUUCACCCAUCGCGCCUUGGUUUUAGCGAAAAGGACCCUCGCUAUGCGCAGGGGGGGAUGAACCAUCUUUCUAUCUCCCCAUCUUAUUUUGGAGUAGGCCGGCCGACGCGUCGGUUUGCGGCCUUCCUUCCCGAGUCCACCUGGCAAGUGCGAGCAGUGCAGCCUCCAAACGGAACUCGGGUGGGCUCUGAUUUAGCUAUUGCUUUCGGACACGUGUUGCCCAGCUUCUUGGGCAGCGUGGUUGCUGUCAGUUGCUUUGAUUUCAAAGCUGAAUUCACUGGCCAUCCUGCCAAUGCUGAACGGCUGAGCCAUUCACUUUGCAUUACUUUCAGAAGUAAGGAUAUCCGAAAAAGUGCUGACCGCUUCAGGGCCCUCGGCGCCGAGGCGAAUUUGGGGUUACCAUCAUGAAGGGCCUGGGUGGCUUAGGGGGUGUUUGCUCUCGCUUGGCGCGUGGCGAGGUGUGACUUCUUUGAACCCUCGCCGACAUUUUGCAGCCUUGGUUCACCUUCAGUCUCUCAGGUGGCCCUCCUUGGGCGAUGGCCAGAAGCACCAUCAGUGUUGCGCGCUUCUUGCAGGGUAC